AUGAAUAGUAGCGUGACUGAAUUCAUUCUCUUUGGGUUGACACAGGAUGCAGGAAAGCAGAAGGCAAUAUUUGGGGUCUUCUUGAUUCUUUACCUUGCAACACUGUUGGGGAACUUUCUAAUUGUAGUAACUAUUAAAAUAAGCAGGACCCUUGGGAGUCCCAUGUACUUCUUCCUAUUCUAUCUGUCCCUUGCUGAUGCUUGCCUCUCCACAACCACAGCUCCCAGAUUGAUUGUGGAUGCCAUUACUCAGAAGAAGACCAUUUCCUACAAUGAAUGCAUGAUGCAGGUCUUUGCAGCCCAUUUCUUUGGGUGCCUGGAAAUCUUCGUGCUCAUCCUCAUGGCUUUUGAUCGCUAUGUUGCCAUUUGUAAGCCCCUAAGAUACACAACCAUCAUGAGCGAGUAUGUCUGCAGUGUGCUGAUGAUUCUGAGCUGGGUGGGAUCCUGUAUCCACUCUUCAGCACAAAUUUUCCUGGCUUUGAGAUUGCCUUUCUGUGGCCCCAACGUGAUUGACCACUAUUUCUGUGACUUGCAGCCCUUGUUGAAACUUGCCUGCAUGGACACUUACGUGAUAAAUUUGCUAGUUGUUUCUAACAGUGGGGCCAUAUGCACGGUGAGUUUCAUACUCCUGCUUAUGUCCUAUGUUGUCAUCUUGUACUCUCUGCGAAACCACAGUGCCGAAGGCAGGCAAAAAGCCCUUUCCACCUGCACCUCCCACUUUAUUGUGGUUGUCCUGUUUUUUGGUCCGUGUAUAUUCAUAUACACACGCCCACCAACCACAUUUCCCAUAGACAAGAUGGUGGCUGUUUAUACAAUCGGGACUCCCUUGCUCAACCCUCUGAUCUACACACUGAGGAAUGCGGAGGUGGAAAGUGCCAUGAAAAGGUUACGGUGUAGCAAAGUCUGA